CCCCCUCAAGAUUUGGAGAAGAUGCGCAGCAUGUCGAGCUCCACUGCCACCAAAGGCAUUGCUGCCAUUGUUGGUGUCGGGCCUAAGCUUGGACGAUCCAUUGCCCAGAAGUUCGCCCAUGAAGGCUAUACCGUUGCCAUCCUCGCCCGCGACUUAGGAUCCAAUGAGGAACCCACAUGGCAUGCCAAGCAAGAUAAUCGGAGCUUGACGUGUCUAUCCAGACAAUUAUCCUGGGACCGGGAAUUUGAGAGGAGGCUAUCAAGAUUUGCAGAUGAGAUAGCGAGGGAGGAGAAGGCGCAUGUGUUUGCCAUCAGAAUAGAUUGCUCUGACUCUAGAAGCGUGAGGGAGGCAUUCGAGGGAGUUCUCUCCCUGGGAUUUGUAGAAGUGCUAGUGUACAAUGCGUACCAACCAGUUUCUUGGCGCCCCACCAACUUCACUGACAUUCGGGUCGAUUCCUUCGAGAAAUCCCUUUCCGUAUCCUCCGUCGCCGCCUUCCUAUGCGCUCAACAGGUUUCGCCCCGACUAAUUCGGACCCGACCCGCGUCGCGCACCUGGAAAUGGUGGGUGAGUCUCCCAACGGGGGCUACUGCGUACACAAGGUCUCGAACUCGAGAUCUUGCUUAAGCUGGAACAAGCCGCUUACCACUUGAUCCAAUCCCUCGUUGGUUCAAAGUUAACCCUUUGCUCUCAUAUUCACAUGACUUUGUAAAAGGAAAAUGAUUUACUUUCCGGGAAAAAUGGGAGCAGGCUGUGGAAAAUUUGCACUAACGGUCAAAGGAUCAAUAAUUAGGGUGUGACCGUUUGCACUUAACGGUCAAUAAAUAGGACCGUUAGCU